GUUUCUUUCUUUUACGUAGCAGGCAGUCUCUCUUGCCAUCAUCCAUCUCCUUCUCUGUUUCUGCAACAUCACCAAGAUUGAAUCUUUGUGACACUUAUAAGAGCUACCAAAAAGAAAAAGCAAAUCUUUGACUUUGUUUGGAAUUAGGGAUUUGGAUUUUCGUCGUCAGCAUGUCGAUGCUCGAUUCGUUCUUCAACAAGGGCUUCAAAGCGGCCAAAUGCAAAACCCUGCUGAAAUUGACUAUUCCGCGGAUAAAGUUGUUGAGGAACAGGAGAGAAAUUCAGAUUAAACAGAUGCGCCGUGACAUUGCCAAGCUUCUUGAGACUGGCCAAGAGGCUACUGCUAGGAUUCGGGUAGAGCAUAUUAUUAGAGAAGAGAAUAUGAUGGCAGCUCACGAGAUUCUUGAGCUAUUUUGUGAGCUUAUUGCUGUCCGCCUUCCAAUUAUUGAAUCACAAAGGGAAUGUCCUCUAGACUUAAAAGAAGCAAUAUCCAGUGUGUGUUUUGCUGCGCCAAGAUGUGCUGAUCUGUCAGAGUUGCUACAAGUUCAAAUGCUAUUUGCUUCAAAAUAUGGGAAAGAAUUUGUAUCAGCUGCAACAGAACUCAUUCCAGAUUGUGGUGUCAAUCGCCAGUUGAUAGAACUGCUAUCUGUUCGUGCUCCUUCGCCUGAGAAAAAACUGAAGCUACUGAAAGAAAUUGCCGAAGAGCAUGAGCUGGAUUGGGAUCCUGCUGCAUCUGAAGCUGAAAUUUUCAAACCACAUGAAGAUUUAUUGAAUGGUCCAACACAGUUUGUCAGUGGGUCUAAACUGCCCCUCCCCAAAGAAAAACAUGACGAACCAUCGUACUGCGCCCCAGAUCAAUCUCAGAAAGAACAGUCUGAUUCUGAUGAUGGUUUGGAAUCAUUAGACUUUCCUGAAGUGCCUACGGUAUCACUACGACCAAUUGCGAAUCCAGCCUCAGCACCUGCGAUGCCUCCACCUUUACCAACUCCGCCACACCCUGAAGUUGAUCAUGGAUUGUCAAAAGAUUCUGGGGCCAUUGAAAAUUCGUCCGAAGAGCCAUCCUUUGAGUCUGAAGAAGUGAUGCAAGCAAGAUCAGUGGCUAACAGACACGAACAGUCUCAUGUUUCAGUUGAUGGUGUGGAAGAUAAACAGUUCUUGCCAUUUAUUUCUCCCCCGUCACUUUCGUCUGCAUCAUUUUCUACAAGACGAAGCAAUCCACCACCCUCUCUUUCAAGAACAAGAAGUGACGCCAAUGUGGAUUUUCAGGAUGUGUUAGCUGCUGCUCAGGCUGCUGCAGACUCUGCAGAACGUGCAGCAGCAGCAGCACGCUCAGCAGCUAGUCUUGCACAAGUUAGAAUUAACGAGCUUACCAAGAAAAACACUGAAGAAGUCCCUGAAAAUAGCGGUGAGAACCCAUUUCACGUAGACAUCCCUAGUGAGUCAGAUACUAGAGAAAAACCAGAUUUUGAUCAUCCUAUCCGCAAUGGUGAUUCCGAUGGUGCUAUACAUUCUCCGGGACCGCAUCAAGUCAAUGAAUAUGGCCAUGGAGCCAAGGUAUCAGAUCUUAAUUCUGUCACUAUGGGGCCACUUAAUGCGGAUUUGGAUUCCUCACUUCCCAAUGAUCAUGCUUUUGAACAUGAGCCUCAGAGAAUGAGUUCAAUGGAAGAUGAUCCGUACUUCUCAUACCCAAACUUAUUUACAUCACAAAACUCAAAUGUCGGAUCCGGUGCUCAUUCUUCUACAGAUGACUCUUUUCCUUCGCAUGGACGCUGAGUUGGAAUAUUUAUACUAUGACGCCUCUACUCAAUUUUAUUUUCCCAUUGCUGGUAAAGUGGAUAUGUUUAUACACUAUCGUAGAACAUAGAACUUGUGUUAUAUGGUGUCUUAGGUUAUUUGUAUAGUGUACACUUGAUAUGUAACUUCAAUGGCUGAGUUUGUGCUUUUUGCUUCUGUUGUUGGGAACUUCUGUUGGUGAGCAUUUGAGAUGGCAAUGUACCAAUCACUUUGCUGCUGGAAAUAAAUAUUUUUUUCAGGCUUUUUCUUCACA